AUGAACAGUAAGAAGCACUGUUGCACGUGCGUUGUGCAUUCAGGACGGUGACGUCUCUGUAAAUGAAUUCUAAGUUUAUUUGUAGAAAUACAUUUUUUCUGCACAAAAUAAUGUCAUAAUGAAGAUUCUGAAAGAUGGAGAAUGGAUUUGCUUUAUUGAAGCUUCUGCUUAUUUCAGUAUUUUCUCUUCGUGUCUCCUCAGCAGAUCCACACUCUCUGCAGUACCUCCACACUGGACUCCCACCAGGAACACAUUUCCCAGAGUUCACUGCUGUUGGUCUGUUUGAUGGACAGCAGUUUGUGUACUAUGACAGCAACAUCAGGAAGAUGAUCCCAAAGACAGAGUGGAUCCAGAACAUCAGUGCAGAUGAUGCAGAUUACUGGGACAGAGAGACUCAGAAGCAGCAUGCUAAUCAGGAAAUCUUCAUAUUUUACCUGGAUGUAAUAAAGCAGGAGUUUAAUCAGACUGAAGGAGUUCAUACUCUACAGAGGAUGUACGGCUGUGAGAUUGAUGGUAACAGCACCACUAGAGGAUACGAUCAGUACAGUUAUGAUGGAGAAGAUUUCUUCAGUCUGGAUCUGAACACUGGAAGCUGGACUGCGGUUAAUGAUGAAGUUGAGAUCUUUAUAAAGAGAUGGGAUCCUGGAAGAUCUGAGGCUGAAUACUGGAGGAACUUCCUGGAGACUGAGUGUAUCGACUGGAUAAAGAAGUUUGUGUCUUACAGCAGAGAAACUCUGGAGAGAAAAAUUCCUCCUGCAGCAUCUGUGUUCCAGAAAAACUCGUCGUCUCCAGAGGUGGUGUGUCAUGCUACAGGUUUCUUCCCCAAAGCACUGAUUAUUAAAUGGCAGAAGGACGGAGAGGACGUGUAUGAAGACGUGGAGCUCAGAGAGACGUUACCCAACGAGGAUGGAAGCUUCCAGAAGAGGAGCAUUCUGAAAGUCUCAGCUGAGGAGCUGCAGAAACACACCUACACCUGUGUGAUUGAGCACAGCAGCUUGGAGAAGGAGAUGGUGCUCAAAGUACUAAAAGAUUCAGGAUCAGAUGGAGGACUGAUUGGAAUCAUCGUUGGUGUGGUCAUGGCUCUCGUUGUUCUUGUUAUUGGAAUUGUGUUCUGGAAAAAUAAAAACUUUGGUAAAAAGGAGAAAAAAACAGGAUUUAAACGUGUUUCAUCCAGAUCCCCCUCUGAAGGAGAUUCUUCCUCCAACAAGUGUGAGAGUGUGUGUUCCUGCUGCAGUGAGAGAAAACUUCGACCUGCAGUCAGAAGUUAGUCCAUAAUACAGCAGUGGAAGUGAGGAGAUUUGAAUAGCAGGAUAUGGAGCAGAUGGGUGAUGAUGUCACUGCACGCGGCCUGAGAUCAUCAACAUCCUCAUAAUUGAAUCUAAUGCAGCAUUCUGACACAAAACAUCAGACUUCAUCAUCAGUAAAAGCUGGUGUUCGCUUUUCAGUUUGGAAGAAAGAAACUGCUCUGAUUUCCUGUAAAGUUUUAGAGACCUUCUGAAAUCUGGUAUUUUUUAUUAAGCGCUUCAGCACUUUUAUUCUUUGUAAAAUAAUAUUUAUGUAUCUAUUGUCAUGUAGCACCUUCAUCUUUUCACUGUUUACUGUAUAAGGCUGAAAUAAUUAUAGUUUAUUUGCCUCAAAUAUUUUCAUGAACAAAACCAAAGUGUUUUGGGUCUCUGAUGCACCUUAAGUCAAAAAUGUUGGUUUUUAAAUGUUGUUCUGUGUGUGUAUAUAUAAUACAUAUAGUUUUGUAUAUAUAAAGUUUUAACCUCAUAUAUUUACACCUCAUAUAAUUAUUAUAUACGUGGGUAAAAACAGUGUUUUGUCCUUACAUUAAUUGGCCACUAGAUGGCACUGAAGUGUUCUGAUUUAGUUCUAUGUUGUCAUUAUAUUAAUUGGCCAAUAAACGUCGCUGUAGAUUUUCAUGUUUCUACACAAAGACAGAAGAGUUUAUUUAUUUCUGAUAAAUGCCCCCCUAGAUUUAUCCUUAUAAAUUUUAUCUGUCAAAUUGCAAUAAAUCUAAUUUUUGUAAAUCACAA